CUUUUUCAUCCCAUCUUGGUCUGCAUGUAGUAACAGAUCAAAAUUAGCAACCAAAGGAAAGGUCAAACGAAAGGUGAAGGCAAAUUAAGGUUUCCAUGGAAGGGGAAGCUGGUUCUUACGAGGAAAUUAAGCCAAACGUCGUAGUUAAACAAAGUAAUGGCGAUGUCGUCGGUGAUAAUGACGUUGGGAAUCUGGGAUCCUUUGAAACCCCUGAUUUUCUUUCCAAGAAAAAUUUUCCAAACUGUUCCGUAGCAAUGUCUGCAUCUGGACUAAAUACCACAAGCCGUGCUCCAUCCCAACUCACCGUCUUCUAUAAUGGAAGUAUUUGCGUGUUUGAUGCAAUUCCAGCAGAAAAGGUACGGGAGAUUAUGCUUAUCGCUGCAACUGCUGCUAAAUCUGCUGACAUGAAGAAUGUCGCAACUGAUCAUGCCACCACUUCACCUGUUCUUACGAGGUCUCCUUCGCUUCAAAGUGCUGCAACUGCAACUGCUUUGGCUUCACCACAGGCACAAGUGUAUUCUAUUAACAGGCCCACCUUCUGCAAACUGCAAGCUGAAUUACCAAUUGCAAGGAGACACUCCCUUCAGCGAUUUUUUGAGAAGCGACGGGACAGGCUGGUGAAUAGGAACCCAUAUCCUAAUCCAUCAACACCAAAAUCAUUUGACGACACCAAAGCUAACCUCGGUGUUGCAGCUUCACCAGAAUCAGGUUGCUUUGGUAAAUCACCUGUUACUCAAGAAGAAUUCCAACCAAGAGCUACAGCCCAUGCUGCCUAAGCCAAACAUAUAUGAAUCCUUAUAUAUAUAUUUGGCAAAAACUAAAUGUAGCUGUGUUAUCAUGUUGAAAUGCAAAGUGCACUAGGACAAUGACUUUGAU